CACUCUCAUAACCCAAUCAUCACCACAAAACAAAUCCCAAAAAAAAACAAAAAUGGCUUCUAACACUUGGUUUUCCCUCUUCGCCACCAUAGCUCUUCUCCUUCUCGUCAACAUCUCCGGCAGGACACUCCCGGCGACGGCAGAUCCCAACAACAUAGCGGCAAGGCUCAACGGUGGAGGACUAAUGGAGUGUUGGGAUGCUCUCUACGAGCUCAAAUCAUGCACCAACGAAAUUGUUCUCUUCUUUCUCAACGGCGAGACCAAACUCGGCGACGGUUGCUGUCACGCCGUCGACGUCAUCACCAUAAAUUGUUGGCCGUCGAUGCUAACUUCUCUCGGCUUUACGUCUGAGGAAACCAACGUCCUCCGCGGCUUCUGCCAGUCGUCUCCAAACCACGGUGGUUCCACUCCGGCUCCUUCCCCUGUAAAACUUUGAUGUAUGCAAACCCUAAUAAUGAUGGUUUAUUUUAAUAUCGACUAAGGGAGUCUC